AAAUUAUAGAUGAGACCAAUACAUUACGCUGCUGCAUAUGGAAGAACUGCAAUAUUUGAGAAGCUUAUGAUGAAUGGAGGCAUCAAGUUAAUGCCCUCACUAUGGAAUUGUUUAGACUUGGCAAUUGAUAAUGAACACGAAGAAACGGUAAUAAAGAUGUUAAGUAUUGAUACAGUCGAUUGGGAAAACAUGAUGAUUUCCAAAUCGUGGGUUGACCAACAAUCCGGGAUUGGAUUUAUUGAUACACCGUUUAGAAAACUUAUAAGAAACAUGCCGGAUGUCGCCCGGCUGGUAUUAAAUAAGUAUACAACAAUCGAAGGAUCUAAAGAAUUUAAAGUAUUGUUUGACUUUACACUGAUGGAUAUCGAAAGCCGAUUGAACAUGCAGUGUUGCAACCGAUAUACUUUUAUUGCAUCGGAAA